AGUGGGGGACACAUUAUAUUUCGGUUGCAUUUGUACAAAAUGGCUCUCUUCUCUCCCUCUCCUUCUCCAGGCAGAUGAAUUUACAAUUUCCUCAUCUCUGUUCUGUUUAAUCAUUAUCUUCCUCGUUGAUUUCUUCUGGACUCUGAGCUCUAUCAGCCUACUGCUCUCGGAUCGGAUACGCUCUCUGCGUUUCCAGAUUUGAGCAAAAAAAGAGAGGAAGAAAUAAAGUAUUUAUUCGCUGUGAUAUUCGUGGAAGUGGUCGCGCCAAACCAUCAGACAUUACCUCUGGAGCUGUGAAAUUGGUCGUUUCUGGUGUUGAUUGCACUGUGGAUGCUUUCUGUGAGGAUCGGAUUCAGAGCUGAAGAUGCGUGGGAUUCAGAUCGCUGAGUCUGCAUUUUGAGGCGGUGACAUGGAGAGCCGCGUGAAGAAGUACCGGCAAUUGAGUCCGGAGAGGGCGAAAGUAUGGACGGAGAGGUCGCCAAAGUACCAGCAGGUUCUUCCGAGAGUGCCGGUGGUUUAUUAUCUUUGCAGAAAUCGGCAGCUCGAACAUCCUCACUUCCUCGAGGUUCCGCUUUCGUCCCCAGAUGGGCUCUACUUGAGAGAUGUGAUUGCUAGGCUUAAUGCCCUGAGAGGCAGAGGCAUGGCUUCAAUGUAUUCAUGGUCCUGCAAGAGAAGCUACAAGAAUGGGUUUGUGUGGCAUGAUCUGGGAGAAGAUGACAUAAUUUUUCCGGCUCAUGGAAAUGAAUACAUUCUGAAAGCUUCUGAACUCUUUGAGGAAUGUAAUUCAGGUCUUGCUAGUCCUGCUGCAAAUCAAUUGCAGAAUCCAAAACAAUUACCAGAACCAGUAUUGUUGAGGAGUCAUGAUGAUUCGUCAUCUUCUUCAAGCAUGACUGGGAGAGAUAUAAAGCAUUCUCAAGAUGAUGAGCUUUCUCCUCCAAUUCAAUGUCCCGGUUCAUCUGGUGUGUCCCCACAAUCUAGUGAUGGGAAAAGUUUCCCCUUGAAUGGUUGUCCAAGCUUGACAGAUUCUGAGGUUUACAAGGGUGAUGGUAUUAAGGAUGGAAAUGUUUCCUCCUUGAAUGGUUGUCUAAGCUUGACAGAGUACAAGAUUUACAAGAAUAAUGGUAUGGCUGAUGCUUCCACUCAGACAGAGGAAAAUUUAAGGAGAACCAAUAAAGCUCAAGAGACUUGCACAAGGGGCAUUUCAACUGAUGAAGGCUUGUUGGAAAUUGAUAACAGUGGGUCUUGUCAAAACCAGGUUCCACACAUAAAAGAAAUGCCUGAUAUUUCUAGGAAUUUGAUCUCCCCACCUCUGUCUUCAUCCAACUACUCUUUGUCGCAUGUGAAGACUGAGACCUUGGGUUCUCUAAUGAGAGCCGAUGCUCGUAAUAUCAACAGCUUUAGGAUACUUGAAGAGGAGGAAUUGCGGAUGCCAUCUUAUACAAAGCUCAAGGCUUCAGACCUGCUGAUGCAUUUACUCUCCUGUGGGUCAAUUGCAGUGAAAGAUCACAGCUUUGGUGUGAUCCCUACCUACAGGCCUGAGUUUUCACAUUCAAAAUCUCCCUCACCAUUCUUCUCAACAUCAUUUGUGUUGGGAGAGCUUGAUUGCCUGACAGAGAACCCAAGAUUCAGAGGUCUGAGUUUGGAGGAUAAGGAAUACUUCAGUGGGACCUUAGUUGAGACAAAUAUGCUGAAGGAAGAAGGGCAUGGCUUUAAUGCUCUAAAGCGAUCAUCGUCAUCUUCUUGUCAUGCUGACAGGAAUCAUAAGCAAUUGGAUUCGUCUGCAGACAAUGAGGAGACAACAUCAAGACAUUCAAAGUGCAUCCCCCGCUCAAUCAAGGCUUCAUUUAGCAGGCAUCCAAGAAGUGAAUCAAUGAGGUCCCCUCUUUCCGAAGGACCAAGAGUAUCUUUUGAUGGAAUGGAUAGCUCAAGAACCAUGGUCCCUCACAUACCCAAUGACAGCAGCAGAAGAAUCAUGGAACCUUCCUCAGGAAAGAACCAAACAACAAAACUAGAUUCUUUCGGAGAAGACAAGAGCAAGUUCGUCAAAAUAGAAGAAAGCUUGCUUCAGGGGCUCGAGUUAUAAUCCAAUCUACAGAACCUUGUGAUACCAAUGGCAACUCUUAGAAUAACAUUUUGAAGCUCGAUUGAUGGGGUAUGGCGGUCACGUAUUAUUUGUCUAAUUGUUUAAAAUUUUUGGAUUCCUAAAAGAAAUUUGUAUAGAUGGCUCUUUAAAUUCAAGAAAAAGGUAAAGAGAAAAGCAGUAAAUCUCUCGUUAGCUAGAGGGGAUGGGAUGGGGGUUCAGUUGUGCCAUGGGCAACUAUUCCCCUGACCUUUUCACCGGUUUUCACCAGCCAUUGAUAUCAUCAUAGCAGGUUUCUUUGUUACUCUUUUUCGCCUUAGUGGGGUUCUUUCUACCCUUUUUCAGUUUUUCUUUUUCCCUUCUUUUUGUUCAUUGGAUUUCUGUAGCCAUUAAUCAAGCAAUAUAUAUGUGCGCGCUUGCGCUUGCGCUUGUAGCUACUUUUCUAAAUCAGCAUUCUUGGGAGGACAUUGGAUCCCGUGCCCCCUAAAAACGUGGAUCAUUGACAAAGCAAAGAAUUCAAAAUUUGGAGCCUUGCCACCAAGGUAUUUUUGAAAGUGUAUGGUUGUGAGAUAUGUUUUUUCAGUCUUGAGAUUCGUGAAGAAAUAAGAUUAGGCUUUUGUUAUAUCCUUUUCUUUUAUAUAUGUCACGUUUGUCUUAGUUUUAUGAUUCCUCAAUAACACCUCUUUUUUUA